AUCAACCCUGAAGCAACACAACAUAGCCAGCCACGCUGUGAAAAAAUAUUAAAAUAUAAGGAAAUUGUCAUUAAACUUCCAAAUCAAUUGAAAACCCAGUUCGUAAGUGAACCUUCGAGUUGCGGUGUGCAUACCAACAAAACUUUUGGUUUCUCCAACCGUGCUAGACAACUACUUGGGGAGUUUGAUCCCGUCCCAAAAAUUCAACAUGGCCGAAGACUUUGAUGUGGAAGCAAUGCUGGAAGCGCCGUACCAAAAAAACAACGUCAGUGCGGGCAGUGCUGGACGUGGACGCGGGCGCAGCAGCGGCAGCGAGAGCGGAGGCCACGAUGACAACGAGGAGGAUGAACGCUAUGCGGAGAACGGAACGCGUUCCUCAAACGGCAACAAAAAACGGAGCCAUCGCUCACGUAGUCGCAGUGGAUCACGCCACAGACGCUCCAAGGAUCGGGAACGUGAGAAGGAGCGCGGCAGUGAGCGCAGCAGCUAUCGUGACAAGGAUAGAGAUAGGGAACGGGAGCGCGAUCAUCGUUAUCGCGAUAGCAAACGCAGCAGUCGCACACGCGAUGAGCGUCCCAGCGAUGACAGACGUGGCGGACGCAAUGAUCGCGAUCGCGAUCGUGAUCGUGAUCGACGUUCGCGCGAAAGGCGUGGUGGCAGCAAGAGCAUUCGGGAUAGCGAUCGCAAACGCAGCAGAUCUCGUGACAAGCGUCGACGCAGUCGCUCGCGUGACCUGCAGCGCAAGCGCAUGAGUCCCAUACGAGAACGUCGGCGGAGCCAUUCACGCUCCAGAGAUACAAAUCGCCGUCGCACCAGUUACUCACCACGACCAUAUGGUGGACGCGGACGUGGUGGUGGAAGAUCGCCGCCCAAUGGCAUCGGGGAUCGCACACCACCCACCGAACUCAGUCCUGAGGAGCGCGAUGCACGGACAGUCUUCUGCAUUCAGCUAUCACAGCGGGUGCGCGCUCGUGAUCUAGAGGAGUUCUUUUCCAGCGUGGGAAAGGUUCGCGAUGUCCGUCUAAUUACGUGCAACAAGACAAAACGCUUCAAGGGUAUUGCGUACAUUGAAUUUGAGGAUCCGGAAUCUGUAGCAUUAGCCCUGGGAUUGUCGGGACAGCGGUUGUUGGGCGUACCGAUUAUGGUGCAGCAUACGCAGGCAGAGAAGAAUCGACUGCAGAGUGCGCCGCCUCCAUUUCAGCCCAAGGCCCACACUGGACCCAUGCGACUUUAUGUGGGAUCGCUGCACUUCAACAUCACCGAGGACAUGCUGCGUGGCAUAUUUGAGCCUUUUGGCAAAAUUGAUGCUAUCCAGUUGAUUAUGGACACGGAGACAGGUCGCUCAAAGGGCUACGGCUUUAUUACGUAUCAUAACGCUGAUGAUGCCAAAAAGGCUUUGGAGCAACUGAACGGCUUUGAAUUGGCGGGGCGGCCAAUGAAAGUAGGCAAUGUGACAGAGCGUUUGGAUAUGAAUACUAGUUCGCUGGAUACUGAUGAAAUGGACCGCAGCGGCAUUGAUCUCGGUGCCACAGGACGAUUACAGCUGAUGUUUAAGCUAGCCGAGGGCGCAGGCCUAGCCGUACCACAAGCUGCAGCCAAUGCGUUGCUGGCAACAGCUCCACAGCCUGCGCCGGUGCUGCAGCAGCAACAGACGCCAUCCAUAGCUACUCAGUGUUUUAUACUGUCCAACAUGUUUGAUCCACGCACCGAGACAAAUCCCACAUGGGCUACGGACGUCCGUGACGAUGUGCUCGACGAAUGCGCCAAACACGGUGGCGUUUUGCAUAUACACGUGGACACCGUAUCACCAACGGGUACGGUUUAUGUGAAAUGUCCGAGUACGACGACAGCGGUGCUUGCGGUCAACGCGCUGCACGGACGCUGGUUCGCUGGCCGUGUGAUCACGGCGGCGUACGUGCCAGUUAUCAACUAUCACUCGAUGUUUCCGGAUGCUAUCAGUGCAGUCGAUUUGAUUGCUUCGACACGUAAAAAUGCUGACGAUUAAAUAGACGGUAUGAAGCAAGGGAGAAGGCGAUAGAUUUGCAACUGCAACACUAAGCAACUAAAUAUUGUUAUUAUUCGUUAAACAACCAAGUUUUGUAAUAAUUUUAACAUUUUUUGAAAGACUUUCCGAACUUGUGUAAUUGUCCUCCGCUAGCUGAAGAAUAUAUGGGGCAAAUCAAAAAACAAUUACAUUACAAUUAAAUAUAUACAUAAUAUAUAUAACAAUGUAUGCAUCAGAUAAUUAGGCAUUCCUAACACGCCAAAAAAUCUAUUUGGAUAUUGAAUUCAAAACUUUUUGAGACAUUAAAAAUUUGUAAUUAUUUUACCCUAAAGCAUGAUUUUAGACAGCGCUACAUAAUGUAAAAUGCUAUGUAAACAAAAGUAAAAAAU